AUGGAUUCUCUCAAAAUUUUCCAAGGUUACGACAAAGUGGAAACCAACCUCGAAGAUCAACAAAAUCACCAGCAUCACCGCCACAAAAUCUCUAAACCCCUCGUCGCCACAAUUUCCAUCAUCAUCAUCAUCACCAUCCUCUUCCUCACCCUUUUCUUCCACCACACCGAGUCACAAACCCCCCUCAACUCACCCGACUCACUCAGAUCCAUUUGCAACGUAACCCACUUCCCUGGCUCAUGCUUCACCGCUCUAUCUCCCUCCUCACAAAACCUCACCAACCCAAACUCCAUCCUCAAACUCUCCAUCCUCGCCUCCGUCGACGAGCUCACCAAACUCACUUCAUCGCUAAAAGACAAUUCCGACAACCAGGCGCUCGACGAUUGCAAGGAACUAAUAGACGACGCGGUGAGUCGACUCAACGAGUCAGUUUCGGCAAUUCCUGACGGUGCCGUAACGUUGACGGAUGGUAAAAUUAAAGAUAUUCAGACGUGGGUUAGUGCCGCGUUGACGGAUCAACAAACGUGCGUUGAUGGGUUAGAAGAAGUUGGGAUUUCUUUGGAGACUGUUGAAAAGGUAAAGAAAAUGAUGCAGAAAUCAAAUGAGUAUACCAGCAAUAGUUUGGCUAUUGUGGCUAGUAUAAACAAUUUGUUACCAAUUCAUUGA